GCAGUGGAAUUAUAAGAGGCUGCACAUGUAUGGGCUCGCACUUGACAAUUAUUUUUUUUUGGUUGUUUAACAAAAAAAAAACCCAAACAAACAAGAAAGGAUCAAAGUUGGAGUGUUGCUUUUUCUUUUUUUUUAAUUUGCCCCGGAACAACGGAAUAAUUUUGCCAGCACACGCAUGUCCAUGUAAUUGUUUUGUUUUUUUGGAGUGAAUCACAAAGUGGUGGUGGUGCGGAGCUUUGAAACGGACUGCGCAUCACCAGAGUUGGUGCCGAAGUUCGGCCGCGAACGGAUGUGAGGGAAGAGGAGUGUGUAUCGAGAAACUCAGCCCACUUGUUUUUGCUUUCUCUUCUUCUCCCCCCCCCCUUUUUUUUCUUCUCUCGUUUGGUUAAACAAUAGUUGAGUCAAAGACACUGAAACUAAUUUCAUGCCUCCAGUCUCGCACACCCUGAGAUGGACGUGAGAUUUUAUCCUGCGCCGCCGUCAAGUGUGGGUUCAUGCUCCUUACCGACUGAUCCAAGUUGUCUGAGCUCGUUGGACUAUUACCACUCGAACAAGUUUGAUGGUGACAACAUGUACAUGAAUGACAAUAACCAAGAGUUUCGGUCGCCAAACCAGAACUACUCUAGUCAGGGCAGGGGCAGCAAUGGCGCCGGGGGAGGAGGAGGAGGAGGUGCAGGGGAUGAGGACUACGAGAUUCCCCCCAUUACACCCCCCAACCACGCCGACCCCUCUCUGCUGCACCUUAUGGAGCACGAGUCAGGCUACCCCUUCCACUCUCUGCCCCACAACGGGCUUCUCAACCCCUACUCCUACCCGGAGCUGCCCGCCCUCAUGAUGUCCAACAUGCUGGGCCAGGACAGCCACCUCCUCUCUGGGCCUAUGCACUCGUUAAGUGGUGAGAAGCGGCCUUCGACGGAGAUGAUGAAGCCCAAGCCCAAACCACAGAAGAAGAAGAAGAAGAAGGACCCCAACGAGCCCCAGAAACCUGUGUCAGCCUACGCGCUGUUCUUCAGAGACACCCAGGCGGCCAUUAAGGGCCAGAAUCCCAAUGCCACCUUUGGGGACGUCUCCAAAAUCGUGGCCUCCAUGUGGGACAGCCUAGGGGAGGAGCAGAAACAGGGGUACAAGAGGAAAACCGAGGCGGCCAAGAAAGAGUACCUGAAAGCCCUGGCCGCGUACCGAGCCAGUCUGGUUUCCAAGACUUACAAUGACCCUGAACCAAAAAGUGCCCAGCAGACCAGCCAGCCCUCUCACCUGCUGCCCCCUAAGCAGCCCCUGUACAGUGUCCCCCCCCAGUCCUCCUCCCCCUACCUGGGCCCCCCGGGCUCUUUCCCCCUGUCAGACCUGCAGAGCUUUGCCGGGCCGCCCCGCCACACCCUUGCCCGCACCCUCAGCCAAUCCCAGAUGCUGCCGCCCAGCAUGAGUGCCUCUCCCCCCGCUCCCUUCCAGAUCAGCCCGCCCCUGCACCCCCACGCCCAGCUCUCCCUGCACCAGAGCUCCCUGCUCAACCAGCCAAUCCGCAUGCAGCAGGUGCAGUCGCAGCCAAUCAUCUCGCACCAAAUGGGACUCCAGGCGCCACUGCAUUCCCCUCCUCUCAGCCAACAGGGCUUCUCCCAUAUUCAGGCUGACUACCAGAACAGUGUGGGGGGCUCUCAGUCUCCGGGGGCCCCUAACCCAGUGCACGGACAAAACCCUGACUGGGAAAGUGAAUACUGCAACAGGGACUGUGGCCCGAACCACUGCAGCAGUGGCAUGGGAGCUCGGGACAAGCCUCUCUACCUCACCUGAAGUCGAAGGGCCUCCAAAUGUCAAACUCCAGGGAGCUUUUCAACAUAACGACAAUUUCAACAUAACAUCAUUGAUGUACCUUUUUUCCUUUUUCUUUUUUUUUUUUUUUUUUUGUUGCUUUUUUUGUCCUGAAGGAUUUCUAAAAUCCCAAAGACGUCUACAGUUACUUCACCUAUUUGCCAAGCACUUAGACCGGACAAAAGCCUGAGGCACUUCUCCUGCCCCUCACCCCCACCCCCACCCCCACCUAAUCCUUGAACCUUCCAUUAUUGUGAGGGCAUUUAGCUCUAAGCUCAUGCCAACAUACUGGAUAUGAAGACCAAAAAAAAAAAAAGUCUUCACGUUUUGUUUUUGGAUUUUAUUAAGAUGUUUUCUCCCACCUCCUCCUCCACUGUCGUCGCUUCAUUACUCCAUUUUGCCAUGGACUGUCCUGAUUGGGGGAGAGGAAGUGCUCUAAGCAUGUGUACUUGUGUAGGGGUCGUGGUCUGGAAAGCUAACACAGGACCCUAGAAUAUAGUCACCUCAUCCCGGGUGAAUAAACUUCAGCAAAGACUGAAUCCUAACCGCCCCCCCACCCCCUCAAUUGAAAGCAAAGUAAAACUUCAACAUCGAUGGUCAAAACUCAUUCAACCAAUAUAAACCAUCCCCGGCCCUCAACAAGGAAUUCCCUCAGAUUUGUUUUGUUUUCAGAUGGGGUUUUUUUUCACAGAGUGAUUGUAAAUAUCACCAAAAUGGAUCCCCCCAUUGUGUGUAA